GUCACAUCGCUUCCUCAUUAAUGGUGUCGUUUGUUAUUGAAGUCGAGCUACUUUUAAGUGUCCGACAUCAAAGUUUGAUAAAGUUAACGAACAAAAACAGAAAUUCAGUCAGAGGUUUUUACACUGCGAAUUCAACAAAAAGGAAUGUGAUAGUUCGAUUCCUCUGUGAGCAGCUUCACAGAUGCAUAGAUAAAAUGUCAGGAGCCCACGAGCAAAGCAGGAAGCGUCACCCCCCAAAAAUGUUUUUGGUAUCGACCGACAUAAAGAUCCAAGACCAACUGGAAGGAAUCAUUCGACUGCAGCGGGGGAGCAUCUGCCAGGAGCAGGACAGGGGCAGAGGAGACCAGCUGUGGGUCAAGGUGUUGGACACCGGUAAUGUGGUCAAAAUAGAGAAGAGGUUCCUGCUUGAAAUUCCAGCUGACCUCCCUGGCUUUUUGGAGCCUGUACCUGAUCCAGAGGCCCGUCUGAAACUUCUCAUUAAUGUUGGGAAGCUGCAGCAGUUGGCUUCUUUGCCUGUAGGAACUCCAUUGUGGGUCCAAAUGGGUCAACAGGACGAGCUGGCAGAGGCAGAGCUGCGAUACGUCGGGCCGCUGAGUAAAGGGAGCAGCGCUGUGUUCUUUGGAGCACAACUAAUGGGUUCAGCCGUUGGUAAAGGCCUGACUAACGGUUCCUAUAAGGGCCACCAGUUCUUCAUCUGCCCCGAAGCCUCCGCCCUCUUUCUCCCUAUAACUCAUAUCAGGGUCCGUCGCUGGUCCCGCAGCAAUAUCACCGAAGGGCAGGAGCGAUCCCGCGAUCGGGAACGAGACAAUCCUCGCAGUAGCGUUCACCCCAGCAAUGGGCACCACCAAAGCAGCGACAACCACUUGCAUCAUCAGCGUCCUCACACUAGUGUUCGUCACCAUCUACACAUCGGCCACGCUCACACGCAAGGUGUCGCCGUUCUGCCUCGAACCACAGACUCCGUCCCAGCCGAGAACGAGGUUCGCGGUCCUGCUUCGCUCCCUCCCUUCCAUGUUGGCCAGCGGGUGUGUUUCCCUCUGGAGGAUUCUGUUCAAGGCGGGGAAGUUCGGUUCUGCGGUCUGCUGCCGGGCCGAGCCUCGUCAGGGGUGUACGUCGGCGUUCUGCUGGACGCUCCUCUUGGGAAUUGGGACGGUGUCUAUAGGGGAGAAAAGUUGUGCACCAUUCCUUCUGCUCAGUACGGACAACUGCUGCCGGCCAGCACCGUGUCUCCAGAACCGAAAUCUCAUCACCGCGUUUUCAAAUCCAUCCUGAAGCCCACACUUCAUCCUGUCACUAAAUCAAGCCCUUCUUCACCACCCGCCCCCAGACUCAAAGUUGCUCUGCUCCCGCCUCAGCUGCUCACUGCCAAGCAUGCGCUUAAAGCCCCCCCGCUGCCUCCGCCAAAGCCCAACCACAAACCUCCUCCUCUCCCGCCUCCCAAACCCCUGAGCCCCUCACUGCCGCCUGCCACAGACUAUUUGCAGCACGCCAACGGCACACACGACCGCCCUUCGCCCGAGAGGUCGCCAGGCAUCAGUGAGGCUGUGGAGCAGAAUGAGGAGGUGAUACUGGAGAGUGAGCUGGAGGUGGGAUCCAUGGUGGAAGUGAAUGACCCGCCCCUUUACGGGGUGAUUCGCUGGAUCGGACAGCUGGACGGGGUUUCAGAGCCUGUGGCAGGAAUUGAACUGGACCAGGAGGUGUCUGCUGGAACAGAUGGCAGUUACCUCGGCGAGCGGCACUUCCGCUGCUCCGCCAACAAGGGGCUGUUUGUCAAGCUUCGCAAGUGCAGGCGGGACUCCAGGUUCCCUGCGCCGGAGACGCCUGUCAAUCAAGUAGAACGCUGCAACUCAAUAGCGUUUGCAGAUUGGGGCAGUGAGCGAGUGGACGAGCCAACGCCUCCUCUGGAGGGCACCGAGGCCAUAGAGCUCUACCACGGCUAUAAGAGAGGCAUCCAAGGUCACCUCAACUCCUGCUACCUGGACGCUACACUGUUCAGUCUGUUCUCCUGCUGCAGCUCAGCAGACUGGGUUUUGUUCUGGCCCUCGGACCCUCAGAAUGACCAUCAGGCCAGUCACGCUCAGGACCUGCUCCGCUGCGAGAUCGUCAACCCACUGCGCAGGUUUGGUUACGUUUGUGCGAGUAAGACGAUGGGUUUGAGGCGGCUGCUGGAAGCCGAGAACACUGACGCAGGCUUCACCAACCAGGAGAAAGACCCAGAAGAGUUCCUCAACAAGCUUUUCCAGCUUCUCCGAGUUGAGCCGCUCCUCCAGAUCAGGUCGAUGACUCAGCAGCCUCAGAAGUGUCACCUCUACCAGCUGUUCCCACCUUCUCUCCCUCCAUCUCCCUCCUCACCCCCCUCCCCACUUGAAUCCCCCAUCCCGCUGUCCUCGCCGUUAUCCGGGCAGAUGAGAGUCGCCAGUGUCCAGGGCUUGCUGGAGUCGUCCUUCCUACAUGCUGGGCUGAAGUUUGUGGAGGCUCCCUCCUGCCUCUUGCUGCUUAUGCCCCGCUUUGGGAAGGACUUCAAAAUGUUUGAUGCCAUUGUGCCCACGCUCAGUCUGGACAUCACAGACCUGCUGGAUGACACUCUGAGGCAGUGCAGUAUCUGUCAGGGCGUAGCCGAGUGGGAGUGUCUCCAGUGUUAUGAAGAUAUGGACAUCACGCCUGGUCGUCUUAAGCAGUACUGUCAGACCUGCAGUACUCAGGUUCACUCUCACAGGAAUCGAGCUUCACAUAGUCCGGUAAAGAUGGCUGUUCCUGAGGGAACGUGGUCUGGUCCUUUGCACUGUACCCGCCAGCGGAUGUCCCUCUUCGCUGUGACAUGCAUCGAGACAAGUCACUAUGUGAGCUUCGUCAAACAUGGGAGCAGCCCGUCCGACUGGCUGUUUUUUGACAGCAUGGCCGACCGGGAAGGUGGCGAGAACGGCUUCAACAUUCCACAGGUGAAGGCGUGUCCUGAGGUGGGACGCUACCUCAGCCUGUCAGAGGAGGAACUUGGCCGAGUGGACCCCGCCUCCUUAAAGGAGAUCACCCGCCGUCUGCUUUGUGACUCUUACAUGUGUCUGUACCACAGUCCUGAGCUCAGCCUCUACAAAUAGCAGACUUCAUGGACCCAGAACCUGCGCACGGCCCUGAGUCCAAGCAGUCACCCAUCCAACAUGUUAUCAGGACCACAGUCUGCUGGAGCUGUCAUGUGACAGGUGGCGCUUUUGCCCCCCCCCCCCCAAAAAAAACGAAAAAGAAAUUAGAGCCAGUACGUCAGCAGUCACAAUACUGACUUUGAUCUGUGUGUGAUCUAUGUGAUGUCAUAAAGCAAACUGUAGAAUUACUAAAAUAAGUUAAAGAAAAUGAUCAAAUGAGAUACUGAGUCCAAUCCGAGGACGUGUCACUGUUUCCAGACAAUCAGCGCCAAAGUUAGGAGGCAUCGUCUCCAGGACGAAAUGAUCUACACAUUCUCCACUGUGCCUAAUCAGCUGACGUUUCAGAGCCUGAUGUUGAAGACUUCUUUAAGAAGUAAUGGUCACAAAAAAAAAGCCUGCAGACAUCCAGGGUUGAGCUAAAGUAUCAUUUGAUGUUU